AAAACCUGCAACAGGAAGGCUGGGCUAGCCUUUUGUUUGUUGGCGCUGUGGGUAUUGUUUCGGCGGGUUGAUGUGACGAGCUAUCCUUACAGUCAGAGGCGAGCCACUCUAAGGUUCUCCUGCGACAGCACAGAGGGAUCAAAUCCCAGGCUAUCCGCUAUUACAAUCCUGCUCAGUGGCUUCAGUGGGGGGGAGCCUCGGCUGACUGGAACCACUACACUCAGUGAGAGGAGAGGGAUCUUCAGAGUGUCAAUCUCCCAUAUACCAGUGAGGCUGCUGACUGACAUAGCUCUCAGAGCCCACUAGAACAUCACUUCCUACCAAACCUCUCUGCCCUUUCCAACAGAUGGCACAAAUAUUAUGGAACCAGAAGAGAAUGUGCUGACAGAGACCAGGGCAGAACGCAUUGCCAGGUACAAGGCUGAGCGACACCGAGAGUUAGCCGACAAAAUUAACAACCUCGGAGAAAAAACCAGCGUCAGUUCCAAAAGCUUGAGAAAGGAAAAGGAAAAUGAACCUUUGGAAAAUCAAUGUUCUCUUCCAAAAAGAUCUGAAGCACUGGAGAGCCUUGUAAGCAAGUCGACUCUGCAUGUACCUUUCAAAUUGUGGAGAGUAAAGGAUCUGCCAAAAGAAAUUGUUUUACAUAAAACCAAAGAGAGCACCAUGGAAAAGAAGAGUUCUUUCUAUGUCCAAAGUUUAAACACUAGGAACGAGGGAUGGAAAUCAGGGUAUAAGCUUGGUGAUUCUCACUUUCACAGGAUAGAUGUCUGCAGGAAAGAAAAGGUGAUGGAUGGCUUGGAGAAAUCUUUGCCUCUCCCACAGCGAUCCUCUAUCCUUGAGACCCAAAUCACUGGACUACCUCCACGAGCAAGCUGCAAUCCCCAGGCAUCGGUUCACAAGUUACAGGCAGUCCGGAAGGUCUCCUUUAUCAGCAGCAAUGGCACACAGCAUCCUGUGGUGGGAACAGUGGACACACGAGUCUCUGUGGGUUGUCUCCGCAGCAGUUUCCUGGAGAAAAGCAGCAGUUGCAGUGAGCAGAAAGUUGCUGACGAAGGUAGCAUAACACAGAGCCUUGACUUAGCAGCAGCACCUAGCUCAGAGAUACGGCGGAGGCCCAGACGAUAUGUUGGCACUGGCGUGAAUCGCAAAACAUCUGAUCGCUUCAAGACACAGCCCCUUACAGUGACUGAACGAGAGUUAGUGCUGAACGCAAGCAAGUCAAACACUGAUGAGGAUGACAAGAUGGAUGCAAAAUCAAAGCUGAGUGUAGCUGCAAAGAUGACACUGUUCAAAGAACUGGAGAAAGGGUGUCCUGCAGAGUCUGCUGCAAAGUUGCGUCCUCGCAGCAGCAAUGCAGCUGUGGAGCGCAGGCUGCGACGUUCCCAUGACCGUUCUCGGACUCAGCCAGUGACCACAGAGGAAAUGGUGGUGGCAAACAGCAUCCCUAAGGCACAGCCACCAAAGGAGCAAGAUGCAGAUGGAAAAAAGAGCAGUGCAGUUGAACAGGAGGUAGAAGAGAGAGGCGAUGAGAAUUCAAAGCUGAGUCUGAACCAGAAGAUGGCCUUGUUCAAUAGUCUGUGUCAGCCCAUGCCAAAGAAGAUGCCUGCAAUGGAAGGACGUAAUGGACGCAGACAGAAAGGGGCUCGGUAUCGCACCCAACCUGUCACCAUCGGUGAGGUCCAGCUGCUCCAGGAUUUACCAGAGCAACGGCAUCACCUUCUGGCCAACUUGUCAGGACAGCCUUCUGUUGGGAAGACAGCGUUGGAUGGUUUAGGUUUGCCCCCAGCGCGGGAGGAGAUUGUGAAGCUGGAGGUAAUGUCAGCUGCAUCAAUCCCCAGCUCUGAGGGCAGCAGAAAGACAGAGACUCUGGGAAGUGGGGAGGCACCGAAGGAAAUCAAAGGAAUAUUGAAAACACAGGGUGUCAGCGAGGAGAAUAACAAUGAUGCUGAGAGUCACAUCCUGCAGGAACAGCCCAGGAGAUCUGAGGCGAGCAGUGCAGCUGGUAUAAUAGCGGAGAGCAACUCUAUUCCAAGUGUCUUGGUUGAAGAGUACAGCACAGAAAUGGCAGACGUAACCCAGGGGCCGGACAAGAGUGGAAAUGAAGUGAGACCAACUGAGAGUGAUACUUCAGACAAACCAAACUCCAGUGAAGUACAAAAGGGUGACCACAGAGAAACAGCAGACACUGAAGGAUCCAAAGAGCCAGAACAGGACAAUUUCUCAACACCGCCUUCCUCACCACCAUGGCACCAGAAAGACAACUGUUCCCUUCCGCAGUGGCAACCAGCUGAUAACCUCUGCACAUCGCAGGACAAAGAGCAAGGCGAGGGUUACCUGAAACAGUUACUUGAUGACGACAAUGUGGAGCAAUCCCUAACUCCAAUUAACGUAGGAACAUCUGUCAAGGACAGGUUGCAGAAACUGAAAGACGGGGAGGCGCAGUGGAAGAAUAAAAUGAACAAGAGGCAGAGUGAUGUUCAUGUCCCACUGACUGAACGCUACAGUCAGCUCCAACAAGCCGAAGGUGCCUGGAAGAAAAAGGGAGAAGAUGGGUAUCUGAGUGAUGCAGAGCAGCCUCAGUACUGGGAAGCAUUUUCUCACAAGCUCAGAGAAGCGACGUUCAGUCAGAGUGGCCCUGAGUGUCUGUGGAGACGAAAGAGAACAGCAACGGAGAUCGGGGGUCAGAUGACUCUGGAGGAACGAAAGCAGCUGAUCAGUGUGAGCGAGGAACAGUGGAAAACAAAAGGCAAAGGUGCAUUCAACGACUCCACCCAGUUCACAGUCGCAGCCCGCAUGGCAAAGAAAGGGCUAGUGCCUACAAUGGCUGAAAAUAAUGAUGACACAGCUAUUCCUUUCAAGAAAGUUGCCACAGCAACAAACACACCAGUCAAACCUCUGGAAGAAAUUACAACUCGGCCUGAUGUACCCCUAGAGAGUGAUGCUACAUUGGAUAACCUGGAGACCUUUCUAAAUAAGCUGCAUGCUAAAGGCACAAGUAACUUGGAGACAACAAUCACAGUAAUGGAGCAAACAGUGAAGGAAGUGAUGAGACCAGAUGAUGAUGACACCUUUGAUAAAUUUUACAAGCACACUCCCACCGUUCUGACAUCCAGUGUGGUGAAAAUCGAGGAGAAUUUUGAUGCUAUUUUUGAAGCCAACACUCCAAAACUGACCUCUGAGGUGGCAGAACAUAGACGAGCUGUAAGACCGGUGCGUAAGACGCAGUGCUCCCGCAAUCCUCUGAGGGCACUAGCAGCUCGGGAAGACAUCCGUCAGGAAUACACAGAACAACGUUUGAAUGUGGCUACUGUGGAGGUCAGGAGGAUCCAGACUGAGAGAAUGGCGAAACACUCCAACUUCGCAGAUGUGAGCUUGGCGGGGCUAGCAAGCAAAGAGAACUUCAAAAACAUCAAUCUUCGGAAUGUGAAGACAACAGAGCAGAUGUCGAGUAACAGUACAAAUCCUUUCAACAAAGUGAUGCUCCUGCAAGUUAAAGGUCGCAGGCAUGUCCAGGUGCGACUGGUGCAACCCAGUGCCAGCUCGCUCAACAGUGGCGACUGUUUCCUAUUGGUCACUGCAAAGCACUGCUUUCUAUGGAUUGGAGAAUUCGCAAAUGUCAUAGAACGCUCCAAGGCAUCAGAGUUGGCUAGUUUCAUCCAGACAAAGCAUGAACUGGGCUGCCGAGCACCAUAUGUCACCAAUAUCGAAGAAGGCGUUAAUAGUCAAAGCAAAAGGGUCAAGGAAUUCUGGGAUCUACUGGGUGGUGAGGCUGAAUACCAAGCUGCGGGAGAUCCUGAGGAAGAUGAGCUGUAUGAAGCUGCUAUCACAGAAACAAACCACAUAUACCAUUUGGUUGGGGACAAGCUUGUCCCAGACAAUGAAUCAUGGGCAAAGAUUCCUCGCUGUUCCAUGCUGAAUUCAAAGGAGGUGCUAGUGCUGGAUUUUGGCAGCGAGGUGUACAUCUGGCAUGGUAAAGAGGUCACUCUGGCACAGCGCAAGUUGGCUCUCCAACUGGCCAAACAGUUACUGAGUGGUCCUUGUGAUUAUAGUAACUAUGGAAUAAACCCCCUGGACCCUGGAGGCAAUAAGAACAUCUCCCAGCAGCAAGGCCGCCCUGACUGGGUGAUCUUUGGUCGAUUGUCCGAACACAACGAAACAAUUUUGUUCAAGGAAAAGUUUCUGGACUGGGCUGAAUCAAAAAAACCAAUGCAAAGGGAUGUUGAGAUUACGGCUGAGGUAAAGUUAGAUCCUCAGAAUGACCUGAAGCCAUAUGAUGCUAAGCUGCUGAUUCCACUCCCGCAAGUGUCACUCCGAAUGAUCCUGGACGGAGUGGAUGUGCAACGUGGUUAUGGAUUCCUACAAAUGGAUGGUGAGAGGAUGUCAGAAUUGAAGACUGUCGAUGUGGAGAUCUGGCACGUUCAGGAGUUUGAACACAGCCAGCUCCCCAGAGAGAGUUAUGGCCAGUUCCACGAAGGGGACACAUACGUUAUCCAGUGGAAGUACACCAUCUGCAGCCUGGUGGGAAAGCGACAGAAACCAGAUCAGCUGAGCAGCUCUGGUCCUGGCAAGGAGCGAUCUGCGUACUUUUUCUGGCAAGGUCGGCUGUCAAGCAUUAGCGGCAAAGGAGCAUCCGCACUGAUGACUGUGGAACUGGGCAAAGACAGAGAAGCUCAGGUGCUGGUGUCACAGGGAAAAGAGCCCCCCUGCUUUCUCCAGUUGUUCCAAGGAGGAAUGAUUAUCCACAGUGGAAGGAGAGAUAACAUCAGAAACCCACAAGCAGGACUUUGGAGGCUAUUUAUCGUGCAGGGAGAAGUCGCAGUGGAGGGCAGCCUCCUGGAGGUGGCGAGAGAGUGCAGAAGUCUGCGUUCAAGGGGCUCACUAGUCCUGGUGAACACUCAGCAAGCUCUCAUCUAUCUGUGGCAUGGUUGCAAAGUUCAAGCCAGUGUAAAGGAGGUGGGCAGGACUGCAGCUAAUCACAUUAAAGAACGGCCUCCUCAGGAGCUGGGCCUGUGGAAUAGGAUGGAUGUAACAGUGCGAGAGAUAGAAGAAGGCUCAGAACCUCCAGAGUUUUGGCAUGCACUAGGGCAACAGGAUCGAAAAGUGUAUGAUUGCAUGUUGCAAGAUCCUGGGAAAUACAACUUCACGGUGCGUCUCUUCAGACUGUCUGCUUCCUCAGGGGAGUUUACUGUAGCAGAGCAGUUCAGUCCAACACAUAUCUCCAGUGGUGUCAAGGCGAUGCCCUUCCUACAGGAGGCUCUGUACUCUGUAGCUCAGCCAGCUUUGUUCCUCAUGGAUAACCAGUUGGAGGUUUACCUGUGGCAGGGCUGGUGGCCAGAGGACAGUGAAAGCACAGGUUCAGCGAAAAUCCGGUGGGAUAUGGAGCGGAAAUGUGCCAUGGAGACUACACUGCAGUACUGCACAGAAAAGAACCCAAGGCGACCUCCGAAAGCGUACCUGGUGCACGCUGGCACAGAGCCACUGACCUUCACCAAUAUCUUCCCGAGGUGGGAACACAACACCGAGAGUUUGCAACAGAAUAUUCCUUGUGUGCUUCAGGGGAAGUGGGGUGGUGCAAACAGAGUGCUCCUUGUUCAGGAUGCCUUAUCAAGAUUAUGCAAGACACAGUACUCAUUGGAGGAGAUUAUGUCCAGACCCUUACCAGAGGGAAUUGACCCACAUAGACUGGAAACCUAUCUGUCUGAUGAAGAUUUUAAGAAAGUCGUGCAAAUGUCAAGAGAGGAAUUUAACCGACUUCCUGGCUGGAAGCAGGUGAAUUGGAAAAAAGUGAGAGGCCUGUUCUGAGGAAACAGUAACAUUUUCAGCCAAAACCUGCCCAGGAAUGUUUACACUUCCAACACCCCCACUCACCACAUCGUUUAGGUAGAGCUUGGAGAGUGAAGUUCAUCAAGUAAAUGCUUUGUCUCUGUAAAUUAAAAUGUCUUCCACUUGUAUAUACUCUGUAUGAGUGCACAGAAUAGAUGUUUGUAGGGAACUCAUUAGGGGUUAGUUGUGUCAAUAGUCUUCUCGCGGGUCCCAUGACAGUUGCUUUGCCAGUCGACAUUAACUCCUGUCUCUUGUUUUAGAGUAGGAUGGGCCAAUUCUCCAGGAAUUAAAUUUGAAUCUUCAGAUGCUCUCUUGAGAUCCUGGGUGAAGAAUCAUUGACACAUCAGAAGCAAUUAUGUAGUUUUAUUCCUAUUUGAUUUGAACCCUUAUGUAUUUAAAAAAAAACCUUUCAGAGUUGGGGUAAUAAAAGCCUACCUGAUUGAGAGAGAAGGGGUUCAAAUAAGGGAGCCUGAAAAAUUGCCAAACUACAGUUGACAACCUCGAUAGGAGUCUUAGUAAUAGUAAUGCUUUGCAAUUGAGUGCUUUUCCUCUGAGAGUUAACUCUUAAAUGUUGCCUAACACUUCCUGAGGCUCCUCUUUACUGCCUGGACUCAUUUGAUUUAAUGUUAUGAAAACAGAAAACUGAGAGGAAUAUCAAAAUAAAGAGAACUGAGAGGCAACACAGCCCAGGCCUUUGGACUGAUGGAUAAGUCCAGGAUGUGUUGGCUAAUUAGCAUGGAUAAUGAACAGAGAUGACAAGGAAAAAAUGGUUUAAGAAACCGCUGUAACCCCCUAAAAUAGUGAAUGUAGAUUGGCAAAAGGUUAAUUUAGGAGAGACUGCCUUUAGAAAUGACAACAGCAGCAAAAAGGGGCUUGAGAGUCUUUUUUAAGUAGGCCUUUCUGAUUUGAUGCAGGGAUGUGGGAGAUAGGAUGGAAGUGUGUGGUGACUAUAAUUGAGGGGGCUGUGCACGCACUGCAGAAUCUUAAGCUAAAGUCCUUUUUGAAUUUUUUGUGUUCUUUGAACUAUAUCUAGCCCCACUGCAUCAGCAUCCCACACCAUCCUGACCUGACUGAGUCACACCUGUUCGUGAUGCUUUUGUACAGAGGUUACUUGUAGAAUUUGAGGGCUGUGUCUCACAUUGUGAUAUAAAGAUUAUAUCAGUGCUUUGAAUUUCUUUUAUACUACAUUAUAAAUGUUUGUAUUAGAAGUACUGUUGCAUUAACAAGGCAUCUUUUCAGACUUAAAUUGCUUUUGAAUUGUUGACUGAUACCAAUGGCACAGCGUAGUGCUUAGUUAUGGCCCAUGCUCACUGAGAAUUGGCUGCUAUUGGCAGGUCUACCACCAUUGGAUCUGCCAGGAUACUCCGUGAUAUUCAACAGUAUUAAGGAAACUAAAAUGGGGCUGAUGACCAUCAACAGUGUGCAUGUUGAACUUUGCUGUUGUUUUUAACAGAAGUGCUGAUUGAUCUUAAAUCACCAAAUUAACAUCUUCACUAAACAUACCAGGGAAAGCCAUUGGCUAAAAGUAGUGUUAAAGUUCAAAUGCAAACAGUGGCAUUUUUUUUGGUAAUGUACACUGUUUAACUGAGUGUGGAUAGUCAAACCCUGUUGACCAUGUUAAUGAUCUGCUCUUGAAAGGAUUUUCACCACUCAUCAAGAAGCGAAAGUAUUUAAAAAAUGUGGAUCUUCAGUAAAUCUUAAAACUUAGGAGUUACAUGUCUUUCAUGUACUUUAAAGUAAUGGAUCUAUUAUUCCAUCAAACCAGUAUACAAUUUAAUGUCUAACUCAGAGAGCAGAUUUUAAUCUUGGCUACAUGGAGUGUCACAACCAAUAGUGAUCCCACUUUGCCUCUGGAGGAAGGUUUGAAGAAAUUAACUGCCACGAACCCUUGGGAAACCAGUGUGGGAGCCUUUGUAGGGAAUUGAAUCCAGUGACAGAAAUUCCAUUGGCUGAGAGCUCACCAUUACCUGCAGCGCUACCGGGAUUGGUGGCCACUGCUGGUAAUGCAGCUAGGGCUGAUUGAGGAGUGUCGCAGGGUAACGGCUGUUGACUGGAAAGAAAGGGCGAGAUAUUGGGCUUUCAGCAGGUCACUUCCUUCCAGCCCUCCGCCCACUCCCACCCCUCAGCACACUCUCACCCCUCAGCCCAUUCCCACCCCUCAGCACUCUCCCACCCCUCAGCCCGCUCUCAGCCCUCAGCCUACUCCCACCCCUCAGCCCGCUCCCACCCCUCAGCCCGCUCCCACCCCUCAGCCCUCUCCCACCCCUCAGCCCACUCCCACCCCUCAGCACAAUCUCACCCCUCAGCCCGCUCCCACCCCUCAGCCCGCUCUCACCCCUCAGCCCACUCUCACCCCUCAGCCCACUUUCAUCCCUCAGCCCGCUCCCACCCCCACCCCUCAGCCCGCUCUCACCCCUCAACCCACUCUCACCCCUCAGCCCACUUUCAUCCCUCAGCCCACUCACACCAAUCAGCCCACUCUCACCCCUCAGCCCACUCUCACCCCUCAGCCCACUCCCACCUCUCAGCUACCUUCCACCCCACAGUUCUCUCCCAUCCUCAGUUCACUCCCACAUCCCCCUACCACAUCCCUUGAGCAGAACUUCGAAUGAGGGAACUCCAACCCAGAUGUGUCAUUAGGUAACCUAUGCACUUGGUGACUCCCUGCUCACUGAUGGUUGUAUAUCAGCAGCCCUGAGGUGAGAUCCUUCGGUUGCCAUGGAUUGUCCCACCACCCUACACCAACCCUACAUGCCGCCCCACCCCAACCUGUCUUUCAACUUGUUCCUAGUCGGAGGAGCGUUUAAUCCUACUCCUCUUGUGUCUGCAGUGUUUCCAAGGGAUUGUGUCACUCAUCAUCAUGCUGAUUUUAUGUAUUUUUUUUCAUUUUGAUGUUUCCUCUGAUCUUCCUCCUCCGUCCUCUGCCAGCAGAGUCUUGCUGGAGUCCAGUUCCAUGACAGUAAGUGCCCCUUUGCUACCUCAAUCACAGUGCUUACUCUUCAUACAGGUGCCUCAAUUGUAAUGGUUGACAAAAUCAACAAGUUUAAAGUGCCCCACUUUACUGAUGUAUGACACAUCUGUCAAUGCUGUUGACCUGACUGCCUUAGGAAUAUGGUGAAGAAUAAGAAGCAAACUUGAACUCCAUGCUGAUGAGGAAUAAUCUCACAAUAAUUAUAUGUUCAGGCAUGAAACUCAGAUAAAAGCACCACCCAUUGUCUCACUCCUGUGCAUCAUACGUAGCAGCUUUUAAAGUUCAUAUGUUUUUAUAAAAUUGACACAAUUCCAGUGUUCUCUAAAGGUUUCAUAAUUUCUCUGUAAAUCUGCAUGGAAUUCACUGUUCUUGCUUGUGAUCUGACUGCGUGUUGCAUGCACGGUCACCAAUAGAGGUCAAAAGGAAGAAAAGCAUCAUUUAUUAACACAAAGAAAUGCAUUGCAGUGGAGUUUGGAUCCUGAAAUUAUAUUUCUGUGUACAGUUUUAAGACAGCUUUUCAGGGUGUCUGGGAAGUUUUGCUGUUGAUGCUGUAUGAGACAGCAGUGUAAUUCGUAAUAUGCAGUUGUAUUAAAAGUGAAGAGAGAUAUUUUGUGAA